GAUGGGACUCGCAUCGUGUCUGGCUUGACCGAUAACACUAUCCGGCUGUGGGAUCUAGUAUCAAGGCAGCCAGUCGGUGAGCCCUUGUGGGGGCACACCGAUGUAGUUACCUCAGUCUCAUUCUCGCGGGAUGGGACUCGCAUCACCUCCUGUUCGUGGGAUGGAACUGUCCGGGUGUGGUAUGCAGCGAUUGGGAAGUCAUUGCAGGACCAUGCCGAAGAAGACUGUUCGCCGUCAUCCUCACACAGCAGCUGCAUCCCGCAUCCAACACCGGCCGUCCCCACACCCAACACUGCAAACGAUUACUUCAUUUCCUACUCAUCCGACCCAAUUCAUGCACUGCGCAACACUGCUGAGCUACUCGCGGGCAUUUCCUAUGACGACCACACAUUUGUACUAGGAAAAGAUGGAUGGGCGAUGGGACCGAAUCGUCUUCUCUUAUUCUGGGUACCACCCGCCUCUCGAAAACCUUUCUAUAAUCCUCGGACUGCAUUAGUGAUGCCCAGAGGUGGUGUUGAGCUUGACUUGAGUUGCAUGGCACAUGGGACACGCUGGCAGCACUGCCGCAAGAACUCUUAACUGCAACGGUCUCGUUCCUGUAAAUUGAUUUGUGGAGAUAUUUGUCGAGUACGAUAUGGAGUGUACAGUCAAUUCGUUGUCUAUUAUAUACGUAGUAUUGCAUUCAAGUUUGGGGUAGUUUGAGCGAACGACGUGACAGAUUUUUGGGAGCAUCAUGUAGCUAUCUUCGGGGGACGAAUGAAGUUGUCUGAGAUGCAGUCGAGCGAAAUCAAUAGACAAGAGCGUGUUCAACUUAGAAGGCGCCUCCCUAUGUGAACUGAAGAAACUGAUGAUUGCGGCGGCGGCGGUUGAAGUAGCUGGAGUCGUCUGGCUUCGAUUGCCCUCA